AUGGAAGCAGGAGACCUGUCUGAAGGAGAGGCUGGGGGGUCAAUUCAUUCCCUUGUGCCUGUGUCUGGAGUGAGCUCAGUAUGCGGUGAGGGUAGAGAUGCUGCUACACCCCAGAGCCAGGACAGCGGUUCAUCGGAACCAAGAGUUGCAGAGAGAGAAACCUGGACCAGACAGAUGGACUUCAUCAUGUCCUGCGUGGGUUUUGCUGUAGGCUUGGGCAACGUGUGGCGCUUUCCUUACCUUUGCUACAAGAACGGAGGAGGUGUCUUUCUCAUCCCGUACUUGCUAAUGGUGUUCAUCGGGGGCAUCCCUGUUUUCUUCCUGGAAGUUGCUUUGGGCCAGUUCAUGAAGCAGGGAGGGCUUGCCGCCUGGAACAUCGUGCCUCUUUUCAAAGGUUUGGGCUUGGCGUCUAUGGUGAUUGUGUUCUUCUGCAAUACCUACUACAUCAUGAUUUUGGUGUGGGGCCUCUACUUUCUCUUCCACUCUUUCACCAACCCGUUGCCGUGGGCCACCUGCGGACACACUUGGAACACCGUCCACUGCACAGUCAACUUCAGCCACAAUUGCCGCAACAUCAGCGUGAACUCAUCUGCUGCUCAAGACGUGUCCUCGAACCAGUCACUCCUGAACGACAGCUGCGUGGAGACGGAAGGCAUGCGCUCCCCAGUCAUCGAGUUCUGGGAGCAUAAAGUUCUCCAUCUGUCUAGCGGGCUUCAUGAGCCAGGGAGCAUCAACUAUGAGGUGGCGCUGUGCCUCCUUGCCACCUGGGUCAUUGUUUACUUCUGCAUAUGGAAGGGAAUUAAAAGCACAGGGAAGGUUGUAUAUUUCACGGCUCUGUUCCCGUACGUGGUUUUGGUUAUUCUUUUGGGUCAUGGUGCCACCCUACCUGGAGCCUUUGAUGGGAUUGUAUACUACCUGAAACCAGAUUGGUCCAAACUAGGAGAAGCACAGGUGUGGAUUGAUGCUGGAACCCAGAUUUUCUUCUCCUAUGCCAUCGGACUGGGUGCCCUGACGGCACUGGGCAGCUACAACCGCUUCUAUUACAACUGUUACCAGGAUGCGUUUGUGCUGGCGCUCAUUAACAGCGGAACCAGCUUCUUUGCGGGCUUUGUCGUUUUCACUGUGUUGGGCUUCAUGGCUGCAGAGCAAGGUGUGGACAUCAGUAAGGUAGCUGAGAGCGGACCUGGCCUGGCGUUUAUAGCCUACCCAAAGGCUGUGACUUUGAUGCCUCUGGCUCCAUUCUGGGCAGCACUCUUUUUCUUUAUGUUACUUGUACUUGGCUUGGAUAGUCAGUUUGUUGGGGUAGAAGGUUUCAUAACCGGACUUAUGGACAUGCUUCCUCCCAAAUCCUCCUUUGGCACGUUGCGGCGAGAGAUGGUAGCCGCCGUUUGCUGUUUCGUCUGCAUCAUCAUUGACUUGUCCAUGAUCACAGAGGGAGGGAUGUAUGUCUUCCAGUUGUUUGACUACUACUCUGCCAGUGGCAUCACUCUGCUGUGGCAAGCUUUCUGGGAAUGUGUGGUAAUUGCGUGGGUCUAUGGCGCAGACCGUUUCAUGGACGACGUGGCUCGGAUGAUCGGCUAUCAUCCCUUUCCGUACAUGAAGUGGUGCUGGUCCUACAUCACGCCCCUUGUCUGCAUGGGAGUGUUUCUAUUUCAUUUGAUGAACUAUCAGCGCCUAACCUACAACAAGUUGUACAUAUACCCGUGGUGGGGUGAAUUGUUUGGCUGGACAUUGGCCCUUUCCUCCAUGCUUUGCAUCCCACUCACUGUUGUGUACAAACUGCUGCGUGCCAACGGAUCAUUUCGGGAGCGAUGGAAACGCCUCAUAACCCCACGAUGGGGCAGACAUCACCUGGAGUAUCUUACCGCGGAGAACGAAGGCAUGCUGCUGCGGAAAGGAUCCAACAGUGUUCGUAUCUCAGAAGCGUCAUGCGAUACCCAAAUACCAAUGAAGUAG